AAAAAAAAAACAGGUGCUCAAACUAGCAGGUAGCCAUGUUGCUGCCAACCACCACUGUCCUGGCAGGGGUCCUUCUACUCCUGCCCCAACCCUCUCUGUUGUCAUGCAUAUCUGCCACAAAAGGGAGCUGCCGCAGAGCAAAAAUUGCCUCAGGAACCACCCUGGCUGGGGAUGGUUUUGAUAUCACCACAAUGCAACGCAAGGGAGCUGUUAUCAACAUGAGAACCUUUCUAGCUGAAAAUGGAUCCUGCACCCUCUGUAAGAACCCCUACAAUAAUUCAAUGCAGAAAAUUCCUAAAUCUGUUAUCAACUGGAAGCCCUUGCAUAACUGCAGGAUGGCAAUCCAGAGCAAAUCGCUGGAGUCCGCCCUGUCAGUGGCUAAUCAUGUUAGUGAGAGUGUGGAGAACAACUGGAUGAUUGAUUUAGGUUUAAAUAGGAGCAAUCUAGGCUCAGUGUCCCUUGCUGGGACCCAUGCAAGACUGACGACGACUGCCAUGGAAAAGAGUAAGCAGGACCGCUUCACCUAUGUGAGCCAUUCAGUAGAGUGUGGAUUUUACAAGUACAUGAUUUCUAGCAAUCCAAAACUGAAGAAAGAUUUCAAACAAGCCUUGGAUAAACUCCCCCACAUCUACAGCCCCAGUAAUAAAACUAGCUUUGAUUCUUUCAUUGGCACAUAUGGUACUCAUUUCCUGAAAGAGGUGCAGGCUGGCGGGAAAGUGCAGUCCUUGACCAGCAUCAGGGAGUGCAAGGCUUCUCUUAUGGGUCUGAAUGCUGAUGAGGUCAAGAUGUGCCUGACUGUUGAAGCUUCUGCAAAAAUCAAACAAAAGGCGGAUUUUGACCUCGGCGCAGAAAAAAAGUUUUGUAGUGGACAGAAAAAGAAAUUGCAGGGAGGACGCAGCUUCUCAGAAAAGUUUCGUGAGAGGACCACACAAAUCAGUGGUGGGAAAGCCACAGGGAGUGAGCUCCUUUUUUCUUCAGAUACAUCUGCUUAUAAAAGGUGGAUUGCGGAUCUACCAGACAACCCAGAUGUGAUCUCCUACACAUUGAUGCCCCUUCACCAGCUGGUUUCAUCUCCACAGGUUAAGAAAGGAUUGAAGCAAGCCAUCCGAGACUACAUCCUCAUCAAGGGCCUGAAGAGAACAUGCUCUGACCGGUGCAACAUUGGAAGGAGAACCAACUCAGGGUCCUGUGCCUGCCACUGUCAAAGUCACAAGGGGUUAGGAACCAACUGCUGUCCAACAUGCUAUGGCCAAGCUAGGGUUAUUUUGACCAUCAUAAAAGGGGAAGAUUUGUAUGGAGAUACUAGCUCUGGCGGUGCCACCGAUGGGUAUGUGAAGGUUUUUGAUAAGAACAACAUACUGCUUGGCAAGACACCCAUGAUUACUGACAACAACUCUCCUAUCUGGAACUAUCAGUUCAACAUUGGUGACAUGAUUUUGUCUGCAGACAGCAAACUCAAGAUUGAAGUGUGGGAUGAGGACAACCGGUACGAUGACCUCCUUGGAACGUGCUACGCUAAACUUCGUUCAGAUAACCGGGAGAUAGUGGUCUGCCCUCUUAGCUACGGUCGGAUUUUUUACCAGGUUAAGGUGACCUGCGGUCCAAGUCUGAAAGGCCCAUCUUGCGCCACAUACAAGAGCUCUCCCAUGAGCAGUCUGCUGGAGACACUGUAUGUGUCUCGUCAUGCCCGUCCCAUUCCCAGGCACAUGCUAUUCCAAAUGGGAAUGAGGCUGGAUAGGCAGGCAUUCAAUUACACGCUCACGGGCCAAAGCUCAGCUCAGAAUGGUGGCAAAGCCGAUCGACUCUAAGUUACCAAGCACAAAUUGGUCAGGAUUUUGAUACAGUUUGUUAUAGCUUAUCGAGUUGAAGCCUUAUUCAGUUAGAUCAGUUUACUUUACUAACCAGUUAUAUGUGUGUUAUCAGCAAGAAAUCAAAAAGACAAAAA